UUUUUGUAAAUUAACAUUAAUCUUUUAAAAAAUCGUGUGGCUCUAUUUGGGUUGGAAAGUCCGAAGACAAGCGUUAAGGAGGUAAUAUUUUGCACACAGAAUGAUAACUUUGUCGAAGUCUACACUAAGUGUAUGGGGGCGUUGAAAGAGACAUGGUUCACCCUUCAAGGAAGGCGACCAGUACAAACAGAAUUGAUCGAUUCCACUGCCACCUCAACAGAAGACCAACCAGCGGUUAACAACAAUGUCGUUAUAAAGUUAGACAACUCGCUGUUUUGGACCAGGCGACCUCUAAAACCGAAACGAUGGACAAACAGAGGAGGGGAGAUUCAUGGGGAUCUUCCAAUUCAAACUGACGAAUAUUCUCAUGGUUUGCCGUUUAAAAUACAUGUAACAGAGCGUACAACCCUACAUAUUGUCACCGGUGAUGUAACUCAACAACAGGUGGAUGUGAUUGUGAACGUCUGCGAUUCUUAUCCAACUAAAAGUGGAAGAUUGUCCACAGACAUCAUUCGAGCUGGAAAUAUUAUGCAAGAAUGGACAAAUCUAGGAAGGCUUGAGUUUGGCGAGGUAAAGAGCACAGGGGCUGGUAAAGGUAGCCUUAGGUCUAAAUGCGUGUAUCACGUUAUUGGACCUUCAAAAGAGUGUGACUUUGUUACGAACUUGAAAACGAUUGCUGAUAUUGUCAGAGAUUGCCUUGAGAAAACCGUACAAGACGGGUACACUUCCACUGUGUUCCCAGUGCUUAACCAAGGAAGAUUAAGAGCCGACAAAGUGGCUGAAGCUAUGGUGAAAGCAGUUGUCCAGUUUUGUAAUAAACCGCACGAAAACAUAUCGGAUAUAUUGAUUGUCAUAUAUUACACUGACAAAUUUACUGAGAAUGUAUUUGAACAAACAAUUCCAACACUGCUGCAAAUUGCUAUGCCUACAGAAGCCAAUGAAUCUAAUCUACCAGUAGUAGGAAGGAGGACGGCUGUAUACGUCGAGCGAAACACUUUGGAGCACACAGACGCCGACGACAUCGCGGUGUUCAAGAUAGUUGCCAAGGGCAACAUUCAACAAAUAAUGACACAAAUUAAAGAUUGCAUCGAAGUCGAAAUCCCGUCGGAAGAGUUUACUCCUGACCAGCCAUUGUCAGUUAAGGAAGAAUCAUGUUUGAAGACACUGGAGAAGAAGCACAUUGUAGACGUUGACAUUGACAAAAACACAAAACGAAUUCUGGUUACUGGUCUGAGGAGAAAUGUUGAACGAUGCAAGCUGGAGGUCAUGCAGUUGUUAUUCAAGGACUUCCCACUAUGGAGAUAUAGAGAAAAACUUAUGGAAUCAGUCGCUCAUAGUGUGCAGUGGUACUACGAAGAAGGCGGCGUUAAGAAAGAACACGACAGGGCAUCAAACUUUGAGCUUCAGUACGGUUUUACUGUCGGAAAGGAUUUUACCUAUACGUGCAAUGGCGUUCGAUUCAGGGUGGAUUUGCAGAGUCAGAUAGAAUGCCCCGAAGAAAAUCCAGGCCAAUACAGACAACUUUAUCAGAGAUUCCUAGCACUUCAAAGAAUUGAAAUACCAGAAAAUUGGUCAAUUGCAUGGUCACAAGAGACAGAUCAAGCAAGAGUUCAACUCAGUCCGUCCGAUCAAGAAUAUAUUGACGUGAAAGUGAAGAUUUUGAAAGAUGGACUCCAACCAAACACAAUCAUCAAUGCAAGAUCUACACAUUUCUUCUUCCUUCUAAUUCCUCUUUUAAUAACUAAAUGCUUGGCCCUCCGAAAAUGAACAAAACAUCAUAUUACGUUCAAAAACGAAUUGCACAAUGAGCGGUCUGUUAAGAAAGCGCAAACGAGGUUUCUAUUUAUUUGGAGAACCUAGAGAAUUAUACUUACCGUAAAGCUCAUGUAUUUAUGCACAUCUGUCUGUUAGAGUUGAUUAAGUUAAUUCAUUAACGAGAAAGUCUUAUUUAUUAAAAAGUUACUGCAGAUCUUGAGUGUGUAAUUGUGUCUUCGGAUAUUUUUAUGUCGCAAUACCGCAUCGAUAUUGAGGUCAGCGGAAACAUAUACAUAUAUGAUGAUGACACAUUGUCUGCAUUUCCUUAGCUCAGCAAAUGUAUGUCAUGAAAUUUAGCAUAUUGGAAAGUAUGCUAAUAUAUGCAUUUUUAACUCACGACAGUGAUAAUCGGUCAGUAACCAACGACGAAACUAUAAUCUAUAUAAGGCAAUUGCUUUUAUUAGAUCUUCAGGUUGGAGCACAGAUAUAUGUGGCUGACAUAUCAAGCUAAAAACAACACAUCGAGUCACAAAAUCUGAGGGGUGUACAGAAUGAGAGGUUACUGUGGCAUGGCACAGGCAGCGGGACAGUAGAUCUGAUCGUUAGAAAUGGAUAUGACCGCAGUUUCUGCGGAAAAAAUGCGACAGCGUACGGAAAUGGCGCAUAUUUCGCAACAUCUUCAAAGUACUCUAAUGGAUUCGCCGUUGCCGAUGCAUCUGGUGUGUGUCGCAUGUUCUUAAACAAGGUUUUAACUGGCGAAUAUACCGCCGGAGCCAAUGGAAUGAGAUGCCUUCCCCAGAAAACAAUAUUAAAUGGCAUUCCUGUAUUGUUUGAUAGCGCUGUCAACCACGUUGGAAAUCCGGCAAUUUUCGUUAUAUUUCAUGAUUCCCAGGUGUAUCCGGAAUAUUUGAUAGAAUACAAAUAAUCAAGUGAAAAUAAAAACGUACUCGAUGAAAUGCGUCAUUUUUUUUUCUUUUAUAUAUCUUGUUAAUCCACAACACAAACCUCUCGUAACACUUGUAUAACCAAAACAAUUUUCAAAGUUUGUCUUUUUAAAUACAUAACGAAUGCUGGAAAUAUGUUAAAUUAACCAGUAGACUAUUUUAAAAAAGGUUUCAAUUUGUAAGUCAUUUCUCAUAAAUGUAUGUUAACUCAUAGAUUGUACUAUGCGAUCUAAUUUUUUUAGUGUGACUGGUUUAUUGAGUUUAUAAAAUACUAAAAAAGUAUUAUUUAAACUGAUUUUUUUUCUGUAAAUCUGUCAUCAUUAAUAAUUUUCAAUAUCAUGUAUAAUAUGAGCAGAUAUUUGGAAUAAAAUUACUGUAUAUCUUGAAUUUAUUGUCAUAUAUGACUAAACAAAUCUUAAUAAAAAUGUUGUAGGUUUGUGUAAAGAUGCCUAUUUUUAAAUAUCAAUCAUCAGUAUCUGUGAUUUUUAUUGAGAAAACUCUUUAAAACAUGUUUUUCUGUACUCGAAAGUCGGUAUUUUAUUGAAAAAUUCGAUUUUGGACUAUAUAACUUUUUAAUAUUGAAUAUGAUAUCGAAAAUUCGGUUACAUGUACGUCGAAGGUUUCAUAGUAUUACAUAUUGUGUUAUACAUUUAAGCUUGACUUUCUAUUGGCCUGAUCAUUCCAGUCAGAAUUGAUGUUUUGUGUGACGUUUGCAAUGAUUAAAGCGUUGUGUUUUCGUUAAUUUAAGUUACAUUUUUUGCAGUUAUUGUUGAUGUCAAUAGUUUAAUGUUUACGGUAUACACGUAUCACUAAAACGUGUAAAUAUUAAAUAUUGAUCACUUUGCAAUAAUUAAAAAUAUAUGAAGUACUAUUAUACAUUCGCCGACAACGAAGAUAUUUCCGUACAUAAUAGUUCAUGUGAUAUAUUUUAUUAAUUUUUUAAUAUAUUAUUGUAAUAUCAUAUUUUCAUUCAUGUUAAUAUAUUUUAGCUUAGUGUCAUUUUUAAUGUUUUCCAUGUUUAUGCAUGUUUAUAUAAGUAAGUAGAACGUGUUGUUCUGAUGCAAAAUAUUGUUAUGGAUAAUAACCUCAUUAUAUGUUCUAUGAUGUCAAUGAACAUAUGCGUUGGUAUGAUUAGCUGCACUUUAGAAGCGGGGAAUAACUGAUUUCACAAUUUAUCGCAAGAAUUAAAUAUAUCUUAUCACGUUAUUAAACAGGGCUGUACAGCAAAGAUAAUUGAGACGUGUGUAAAAUCAGUAAGUAACCGACGUUAAAGGGGCCUUUUCACGUUUUGGUUAAUUGACAAAAUAAAAUUGUUUCAAAUUCGCAAAUUUUCGUUGUAGUUAUGAUAUUUGUGAGCAAAAAGUAAUAUUGAACAUUUACUACGCUCUAAAAUAUCCAUUUAUAAUUAUGCAUCUUUUGACGAUUUAAAAACCUGAAAAUUAUAAAGCGUUGCAACGCGAAACGAUUGAAUAAUUUGGAUAGUUCUGCUGUUUAGUUAUAUUUUGUGAUACUACGAAGAUUGCUUAUAUAGAGUAAAAAAUACAUGACUCACUCUAUGAGCACGGAUAGCCGAGUGGUGUAAGCGGUAGACUUUUACUCCAGGGGUCAGUGGUUCGAGCCCAGUUGAGGGUCACCUUUUUCUUUCUUUUACUUUAUUCUUGUUUGUUUUUUUACUGAAGCUUUUUAGAUCAAAUUUUUACAUUUAUCAAUAUAAAGCAUUCAAUGACAAACUUCAAUACAUGCCAAAAUCUGUGAAAAGGCCCCUUUAAAAUAGUUAUGUAGUAUACAUGUUUGUUUUUUACAAAACAAUUUUCAGCAACUAGUUCAGCACAUUUUUGUGUCAAAAGUAUGCAAGUAUAUUGUCACCAUGCGCCAAGUCACCGUUCUGUAUUAGAGUCGUUUGUGUAGUGCUGCUAACACUUGGAUUCAAUAAAGCAUUAUUGUGA